UAAAAUCUAUUAGUUUCACCCUACUCCUUCACCUAAUCAGCGCCUCCAAAACCCUAAGCCAACAAACCUUGCUAAACCUAGCACAAGAGCUCCAACCGUCUUCAUUUCCAGAGCGUCGCCACUAUUGCCGCCUGACCGCCAGCAUUUGCCGUCGUUGCCCGUCGAAGGUGUCGUCGGCCGUUGUUUCGUGGAUCCUCUCCCCCUCUUCGUCGCUUGGUCUUCCUGGAUUCGUUGGCGUCGCAGCUUCCGUCAUCAUCGGCAACGCAGUCUUCGUGGUCAUCACUCCGAGCUCACUCCUCCAUCACCAAAAGAUUAAUCAAAUGCCUGGGAGACCUUGGUACACCAUUAGUAGUGCAGCUAGAACUGAUGCUGCCCCUGAUUAUCAAACUCAAGCUAGUUUGGAUGGAACGACGGAUACGGGAGCUAAUACUUCAAGUGCACAGCCACGUGCUAGAGCGCCCCCACUUCUGCAUUCUUACAAUAGUGCUCGACAAUCUCGUGUUAAUGCUGUACCAUUUCAACCACCGCGCAAUGAAAGACGGCUGGCUCCGUCAAGUGACAUGGGUGACACUCGAACUCCAGCAACACGCACAGAGCAUAGGGAUCGUGAUGAAGUUGUCGAUGUCUAUUCGGAAGAUGAAGAUUAUGACCCAGAGACGGAUGAGGUUGAGUCGUUCGAUGACCAUGUCGACGAUUUGUUUGCCGCACAAGAAGCUGAACAUCAGGGCAAUGCUAACAGCCGCAAAGACAUCGAUUUUUGGGAAGUUGAUGUCAUCGAAAACAGCAUGACACAACAGAAGGAGAUUGCAGAGCUUGGGGCACAGUUAGCAGAACUAAAAGCAGAGGUAGCAGAGAUGAAGGCAGAGAGACAGAUAAUGGAGAGUUUGUUAACAGAGAUGAAGGCAAAGAGACAGAUAAUGGAGAGAUUGUUAAGAUACCUAAUCCAGCAACAAGGAGAUAAUUUGCCACCUGACGUAGUUGCAGAUCUAGAUUCUUUGGGAAGUGGAUAAAACGGCAUGACACAACAGAAGGAGUAUAAGAAGAAGAUUGCAGAACUUAAGGCAGAAGUUGCAGAACUAAAAACCAAGGUAGCAGAGGAGAAGGCAAAGAGACAGACAAUAGAGAGUUUGUUAAGAUACCUAUUCCGGCAACAAGAAGAUAGUUCCACCUGACGUAGCUGCGGAUCUAGAUUCUUUGGGAAGUAUACCGACCUUAUCCCGUGCAAGAUCAUCUUCUGGCACUAAUGUUGAGUCAACAGAAAUAUAUACACUUGAAUCUGAUCACUUUUUAAUUGUUCACUGUUUAAUUACUUUUCCAUUAUUUAUUUCUAGUUUGUCAUUGAUGCACUUAGGACAAAUUACUAUUAUAUAUAUUGAUUUUUGCGUAUAUAUUUUCAGUUUAUUGGUUUA